AUGAACCAGCAUUAUAGCACGCGGUCUACGAUCAACUCGUACUACCAGAACAUUGGCCAUGCAAGGCCCAAUACGAUGGAGUUACCAAGUUUUCAAUACCAAAAUUAUGCCAGAUCCAAUGUUAUGGUUUCUCAUCCGGUUUCAAUUCAUAUGUCACCCUAUCAAUACUAUUAUAACGCGGAUCCAGCAUUUUCGUCAGUUUACGUAUCACCAGCAUCUUCGACCAGCCGGUCUCUGCCUUCAUUGCCCUCGCUUAAGGAGCUUGUGAGCACUGCUGCUACAGAGCCAAUAAAUCCAGUACCAGCUCAAUAUCAUGUAUCUAUGGUUCCGCCACGGCCGACUAGGGUCAGGCUUCCUCCAAUUCAAGUUCCUAAUUAUCAACAAUUACAACAGCCAUUCACACACUACGAGCACGUGCCUCAUCACCAGGCACCAAUAUCUUCAUCGAGCAUUCUGAGCACUCCAAAAGCAGCCCCACUGGUUGUUGUAAACACUCCUUCGCCUUCGGUAACGCCUACCUUAGGGCUGUCUUCGUCUUCAGCCUCUGUUUCAACUUCCGUUGCUCCUGCAGGCACAAGCCACAAUGAAUCCCAACCUCAACUAAUUCCACGGCGUAAUUCUAUGCCCUGCUUCCCCGUUGCACAUGUAAAUCAUCACAACCAGCAACAGCAACAUCUACUUCUUCAUGUGACUCAAAAGACCCAUAAAUGCCCUAAGAGAUGCAGCUCCUACAGAAAGAGUGGCUCUAUAUGCGAGAUCUGCGGUAAAGAUUUCAAAAGACCUAGCGCCCUAAGAACCCAUAUGGUUGUUCACAACAAUGACAAACCCUACAAAUGCGAACACAUAGAUUGCCAGAAACGCUUUAACGUCAAAAGCAAUAUGCUUAGACACAUGAGGAAGCAUAAAGAAGUUGUAUGA